CGGCAGCACUUGAACGCAGCGCAGAUCUGCCUCCAUUUUGUGUCGGUCGGCCCGUUUCCGGGUUUCCGAGCAGAUAAACGGUGUCAGCGGGGAGUAUGGCUCUGCUCGCAGGUCAGGAGUGCGGGUAAAGUUUUCCGUAGCUACCUGAAGCUGUUAAAAAGUGACUCUCAAACGCUUUCAGCGGUUUGUUUAAUGCGAUACAUCACCGCAAACAACUCUUGUGGACGUGUUUUUUCCACAGCCAGCCGGACUGCGCUGACACUGACAGCUCGAGCUAACCAGCUAACCGCCGCGAGCUCCACUGGUUAACCGUCGAGAGCGAGCUAACGUUAGCCGGCUAACCUGCGAGUGUUUUCGGCGGCGUUAAGUUACAUCACCGGGACUUGCCAGCACCCUCCCCAUCCUUAAUUUUUUUUGUCAAACUGCUCCGACGAAGGAUUGCCACAACGGCACUUUCCAUUCAUGUUGUUUAGGAGGACGAUACUAUCAAACCGUCAGUUCUUCGUGCCAGGGAGUCGGUGUGUGUCACCCCAGCUGAGACGGUGAAGUCACCAGUGCUUACUCCACACAGAGAGGUGCCAAUAGAGGGACAGGAUGCCUAUUCCUCCCCCUCCCCCUCCUCCCCCAGGACCCCCGCCACCUCCUACCUUCAGUGUGGCGAACACGACUCCUCCCAAACUGAACUCAUCCGAGGCUAAAGGCAGAGGAGCGCUGCUGUCAGACAUCUGCAAAGGCGCCAAGCUAAAGAAGGUCGGCGUGGUCAAUGACCGGAGCGGUCCGAUACUAGAGAAAACAGGAGGAGGAGGAGGUGGUGGCGGCGGCGGCGGCGGUGGUGGAGGAGGAGGUUUUGGAGGUGGAGGGCCAAUGGGAAUGGGAGGCCUUUUCCAAGGAGGUGUGCCAAAAUUACGCCCAGUAGGAGAUGGUCCAGCUGGUGGUUCAGUGGGCAGAUCUGCUCUGCGUCCCCCAGGGUCCCGGCCCGCGGCCCCUCGCCCUCCCACGGGCCGCUCCAGCUCACCCUCUCCACCCAACAAGCCCUCUCCACCAGAGCACCAGCGCUCCCAUCGCCCGUCGCUUCCUGACAUCUCCCGCCCCCCCAGCAGCAGCAGCAGCAGCUCCUCCAUAGGAAGCGGGAUGAAGCACAGCACCUCCGCACCGCCUCCUCCUCCACCGUUUAACAGAGGUGGCCGUGGCACCGCUCCACCUACCCCCAAUCAGAAAGCACCUUCCUCAUCCUCAUCCUCCUCUCACAGCAGAGAGAAGCCCCUUCCACCGACACCCAACAGAGGUCAUACCCCUUCCAGCUCCGUGAAGCCGCCAUCGUCUUCCAGCAGACCGCCAACGGGUGGCUCUUCGGCUCCUCCGCCUCCCCCGCCGUACAGGCCACACACAUCGGGCGGCGUCUCCAAUGGGCCGUCCCACAUAGACGGGGGCGGGGCUCCGGAGCUACCACAAAGGCACAACUCCCUGCACAAAAAACACACAUCUGGAGGCGGCAGCCAAGGACGCAGCCAUGCUCCACCCCCGCCUCCUUCACCGUCUCCAUCCUCACAGCAGGGCAGCAGACCACCACCACCUGCCAGAGAGCCACCUGGACGCAGAGCAGCUCCCCAGGUUCCCUCUCUCGGGUCUCGUAAUGGUGGUCGGGACGCACCUCCUCCUCCGCCCCCAUACCGAGUUCACAGCUCUGCAGCUUCAGAGUCCCACAGCCGAGUGGGCAAACCACCUCCACCUCCUUCCUCCUCCUCCAUCUCAUCAUCCUCCUCUUCCAACUCGUCCCGAACCCCAGCUGGACCCCCUCCACCGCCCCCGCCCAUCCGGAAUGGCCACUCCUCCAUCUCCUCCUCCAAGUCCAUUAUAGAUGAUUUUGAAUCCAAGUUCAACUUCCACCCGAUCGAGGACCUUCCACCUCCAGAGGAGUACAGGCAUUUCAGCAAGGUCUACCCCAGCAAAACCAACAAAGGCAUGAUAAGAGGAGCUCCUCCAGCGCCGCCGGUGGGGAGGUGAACGGUGCGACUCAGCUCAGGACUUGAACUCAAUCAGCCGACUCGAUGGACGGUCGGUGUAGGGGAGGGAGCACUCAAAUCACAAAUACACUACAACACACACUAACACUAAACCACCAUCUGGAAGCACAUUGACAAAUGUAAACACUACAACACAACGCAGGCUUGGCUCUGCGGUCCUUCUGUCUUUGCACAUGAGAACAAAAACCACUCAGAGGCGAGAAUCAGACUCUGUGACCACGACCACCUCGACUUCUUCUCCUCUGCUGACUGGACGUGGAGGCUUCUGUUUGACAUAUCAGGACCAAACUCCGAACACUUCCAAAUCUGUGCAUUCCAUGUUUUGUUUUUGUUUUUAUUUUAAUGCAUAUUCAUGAUAAUGAUGGCGAUUUUCAUAACUCUGAAUAACAUCUUUAUAUUUUUGUUUAGAUUUUAUUGUUCUGGUGGGGGGAAAAUUCAACACUACGAAUGGAAACGGUCUUUGAAUUUGUGUUUUCAGCAGAUGAAUUACACCUCCCACAAAGCUGAUAAUACCAUGAAUGUGGGGCAUAUUAUUAUUAUUUUAUUUUGGUUAGUUUUUGUCUUAAAUAGCCAUUCCAUCAGUGCCAGGCGAGGGUGCGUUUGAAUCACAUCUCUGUGCCAGUGUGCCAAAAGCGAGUGGAGUCAAAUGAACUGCAAAGUGAGGACAGUUCCCAUACGUAUUCUUUAUAUAAUUUACAUCUUUUAAAUGCAUUGCUGAAAGCUUGCCAAGUUGACGGGUGUCUUGCCUGGUUUUAUUUUUACAUUUGGAGUGGGACCAUUUCCUGUUUUUGUUUUUCCCCCCACUUUCCUUCAUUUGGGGAUGUUAAUAUUUCCAUCUUCAAGCGAUGUUGCACGGCAUCUUAACUGCUAAACGGAGACACUGUGCAUGACGCUUGUUUAUACACUAACGGAAGACCCUGACAUUUACGUCAUUGUGACAAAAAACGAGAAAAACCAAGGGGGUUCAUCCCUGGCGUUUCCGCCAGCAUCUUUCUCCAAACACACUGUGGUUCAUGUGUGGUUCCACAGUGGAGGCCAACACUAAAUUAUUAUUUCUUUCCUGGACCAAUUUAGCUUCAGGAGUUUUGGAGGUGCUUAUAAGGGAUCAUUUAUCAGCUUUCUGUCCAGGGAAGUUCGUCUAAAAGCUCAACUCUGUUCUGAAUCCAUUGAUUUACUCUUGCUGCUGGCCACCCUUUUUUUUUUUUUUGUCUGUCAUAGAAGGACUGUACGGCCAGAGAGAGACGAUAUAUUGUUUAAUUGCUAUGCAAGGAGCAGUUUGUACAGAUUGUAGUUGGUAGCACCUAACCAAAAAAAGAAAAAGAGGAACACUUAAGUGCCAGAGAACUGUUUAAGCAGACGGAGGUUCUUUACUACACUUUCUUUCAGCUUGACUUUAAAACACUAACUACGUCAUAGUAAAUUUAAGACGGCGUGCAGGAAAAGUGAACAAAAAGAAACGCUUGUUCAGGUCAGACUCUUCAUUCUCAGUGAUGCAGCGCCUCCUGCUGGUCUUUGCCUUACACACAAAUCUGUUGUCACUCUCAUCGGUACCAGUGCUUUUAUUUUUGUUUUGUUUUAGGGGGGAAGAUGAUGACAACAAAGUAAAUAAGAAACAAGUUUAUUUGAAAAUGCAAUAAAUAUUGUAUAUUUACAUUAAGGAAUAUGGUAAUCAUAGUUAUUGAUCUAUUUUUAUGUUGUAAAAAGCUUGUAAUAUAGGAAAGAGAAAUGAUUAUAACAAUGUUCCAGUCGCUGAGCUUUGGUCUGAUAGUGCGGACUCUCUGUAGCACUUCUCUGGAUGUUUGGCCAUAAGGGUGAAUGAGCUGAAUGGAUGUGUGUGAGGUUUUUACCAACGAGCCAACAUUUUUGGGGAUCAUGUUUCUAAAGAUCGGGUACUGUGGUGGAGGUAGGUCUGGCUGGCUGAUUGCAGCGACGAGACAUACACACAAACACACACAAGUUAAAAAAAAUAAAAUAAAAAAAACUACACUUCCUGUCCUGGAUGUAUGCUCACCUUGUCGCACAGGCCAGGUGAACUGAUGUGUUUAUCUCCUCUUGUUCUCACCUUGUCCAAUCUUAGAGCAAAAUCCCUGUGGUCAUUUCAUGUUAAUCAACCAUGUUUUUAUCAUUUGAAAUAAUUUCAAAUAAAUAUGGGGAAAAAGG